AUGUGCUUCAAAUCGGCUGCCCACGGAGGCUGUUGCCAUUUCGACAUUGCCAAUUUAACCCUGAAAUCGCAAUGCUCCAUUGGAUUAUUAGAGUUACACCAUAACACACCGGUGCGAGUUCGCCACGCGAUUUCGAACCCAAUUGUUUGGGAGAGACGGUCCAGAAUGGAACCGGGAGGUUUCCACUUGAGCGGCGUGGUGCGCGCUCCAGCUGCGGUGCCGCCCUGCUCCGAGCCAGAAAGACUCUUCAGGGUCACAGUUUCCUUUGACAGAUGCAAGAUAACGGGCGUGACGUGCAGCUGCGAGGCCAGGGACAUCUUCUGGUGCCAGCAUGUGGUCGCGUUGGCGCUGUACCGCAUCAGGAAUGCAGACACGGUCCGUCUGCGCGUUCCAAUAUCAGAGACGCUGCUGCAGAUGGACAGGCAGCAGCUGCAGAAAUUCGUCCAGUACCUGAUAGCGGAGCACCACACGGAGGUGCUGCCCACGGCGCAGCGGCUCGCCGACGAAGUCCUGCAGGCGAGGUCUGCCAUCAACAGGAUCUGCGGCGCGCCAGACCCCACAGCUGGUCCGCCGCCAGAUGCCCACCACGCUUGGCACCUGGACGAACAACAGGUUUGCGAGCAGGUGCGAGCGUAUCUUCUCCAAGGGACCUACUACAAUGCAAACAAGCAGCUGAACUCAUUGUUCUCGAAGGUCAGGGAGAUGCUGCGCGCUCAGGACUCGAACGGCCCGCGGAUGCUGAUGCUGAUGACGGAGCAGUUCCUCUCGGACCCUCGGCUGCUGCUCUGGCGGAACCAGAACACGCCGAUGACGGAGAAGUGCCGCCAGCUGUGGGAGCAGCUGGGGGCGCUGUGGGUCAGCAUAGUGCUGGACCCCGGCAGCAACAAGCACCACCGCUCGCAGUGGCGGCAGCUCCUGGAGAAGUGGUCGGCUGUGGAGGUCUGCCCAACAGAGGACCCGGAUUACCGUUCUUUCCCCCUGUACGCAAGAGAGAGGGAGAGAAACGAGAGAGAUCGCGACAGAGACCACAGGGACAGAGACAGAGAGAGGCACCGCGACCGCGAGGAGAGAGACAGAGAGAGACUGCGCGAAAGGGAAGAGAGGGACAGGGAAAGGCACAGAGAGAGACAAAGAAGGGAAAUGCAUUCCCAUUCGGAGAGUUCAGACGAGGAAUCUAGACCUAAUAAUUACGAGAGAGAAUACAGAAGAGCCAGCAAGAGACUCCGCCUCCAUAACCAGAGGCCCGCACCUCAGAUCACGCCGCGAACUGUUUUCCACAAGGCGUUGGAUGCGGUGGACAUCUCGUGGGAGAACGAGCACCUGAAGAACAUACUGAGCAGCGACGAGUACUGCGACCCCGAGAAGCCGGACAAAGCGGGCGGUUCCGCCACCAGCACGCUGCAGCCCUACCCCAAAUUCAACGACCUGGGCCAGCCGCUUUGGCACGAGCAUCUGCCGGUGGUUGGGGCGCGGAUAGAGGCGUUGAGAGCGCACGGACGGGCCCCCUCCGCUCUACGGCUCGCCGUUAGCGCCGCCCGCGCCAUGCGCCAUCGACAGGAGGUGGCGCAGCAGCGGUGGCAAAGCGCCGGCAGCGGGGAGGCGUCCUCGAGCGGCGCGUGCGGCGGCAGCGAGGCGUGCGGGGGGCUCUGCGAGCGGGUGAAGCUGGCGCUGCUCUGCGCGCACAUGGACGCGGGCGCGUGUCUACCGCACGGGCACACGUGCGCCCUCUCGCACACGCACCGCUGCAUCGGCAGAGACAGCCGCGGCUGGACUGGCUGGGCGCUGGAGGCCGUGUGGUGCGUCCACGAGUGCCUUGCCGACGCGUGCUUGGCCCCGGACGACCAGCGCGCCUCCCCUCGCCUCCACACCUACCUGGACGAAGAGCCCACCACCGGUCUGCCGCCCAGGUACCAACACGUGCCUGUGGCGGGCAGCAAGAACCCUGAAGAGACGUACCUGGCCUUAGCCCUGGAGGCAGCGCUUCUAGGGCUGGGCAUGCAGCGAAUGCUGCCCAGCGGGCUUUACGCGCAGGAGCGGUAUUGCAAACAGGAGGAGCGGCUGAUCGCGCAGCUGCAGCGCGUGGAGGGCGAGGCGGUGGCGGGCGUGUGCGCGCGCGUGGCCGGCGCCCUGCUCGCCGGCGGGCCGAGCUCGUGCCUCGGCGCACGGCUGCACCCGCGCUCCGCGCCCGCCCACACCUUCGCGCGCUACCUCUUCCUCGCGCUGCUGCCCAACGACGCCGAGCUCGCGUACCGCGUGGGGCUGCGCGCUAUGAGGCUACCAAUGGUGGAAGAGGCGUACGCCCUGGACGCCAGCGGUUCCGGCUGCGGUGCGGCGUGCGGCGCGAGCGGUGCCGGCGCUUGGCACACCCUCCAGCACGCUGAACAGCAGCAGGCGGCGCUCGCCAGCGCCCUCCUAGGUGCGGCGCGCGGCACCCCACUGCGGCUGCGCGCCGCGCUGGCCGCCGCGCAGCGCCACGUGCGCUCCGCCGCGCAGCUGUUCCGGCUGGCGCAGGACGCGCUGCGCCACGCGGCGCCGCCCGACGCGCCCCACCACCACCGCGACCUGCUCGCCGCCGCCUUCGAGCUCGGCCUCCAGGUAUUGCGCAUGACGCUCUCGUCCGUGAACUGGCGUCGGCGCGAGAUGGUACGUUGGCUGGUCACCUGCGCCACCGAACUAGGCCUGGACGCACUGCUCUCCAUCAUGCAGAACUGGUACGAGCUGUUCACCCCCACCGAGGCGACUGGGCCCGUGGCAGCGGCCGCCAUGUCCCACGCCACCGCACUUCGCUUGGGGCUGAGCUUCGAGCAGCAGGAGAAGCUCAGCGCCUGCGCACGGACCCUGGCCCUUCAGUGCGCUGCCAAGGACCCGCCCGGGUGCGCGCUGAGCGCGCUGUCCGUGUGCGAGGGCUCAGCGGGGGCGUUCGAGGCGGCGUGCGCGGCGGUGGGCGGCGCGGCGGCGCGCGGCGCGCUCGCCUCCAGCCAGCUGUUCGCGGUCGCGCGCUACAUGGAGCAGCGCGGGCAGCCGGCGCGCGCGAUGCGCCUCGCCACCCUCGCCAUGCGCAACCUCCACCUGCACUACAACCAGGACAGCCAUCCGGCGAUAGCGGACAUCCACUGGGCCGUCGCGCUAGCUCACUCGCUGGGCCGCGCCGAACUGCAAGCGAUGCUUCCAUUGCUGGUGAAAAACGUCCAGUGCGCACCCGUCUUGUCCGACGUGCUACGGCGGUGCUGCGUAGCGGCGGCGGGUUGUUCGCGUGCGCGCCCCCCUCCCCCACGUCCGCCUACGCCGCUACGACCCCUGCUGGAGGCGGCGCUACGCGCCUACGCGUCUACGACGCACGCGCGCCUCGCCCAUAUCUCGCCGCGCCACUACGCAGACUUCGUCGAUUUCCUCGGCAAAGCCCGGGACACAUUUGCACUAGCCCACGAUGGGCCUCAUCAGUUUGCCGCUCUACUCCAAGAGAUCAAACUUAAAUAUAAAGGCAAGAAGAAACUAAUGUUCCUGGUUAAAGAGAGAUUUGGU